UCCCCCCCCCCCCCUCCCCCAAUCCACUUUCCUUGUCUGAGUUAAAGGACUCUUCUGUUUCCCGCCAAAAUAAGCUUUUCUUGUCCUCCCUUUAAUUACUGUCCCUCUUUCCCUCCAUCCAGACAGUGAGUGAAAAGUAAUCAAACAAUGAAGGGGGCAUCCAAAGUAAUCAUGGGUGCAACACUAGUAAUGGUGGUCACCCUUGCCUUUGUUUUAGCUCUUAUCCUAGUGUUGCUAGCCGAGCUCUAUUGCUCUCUCUUACUCCGCCGCCGCCGCCGUCACCUCAAACACUCCCCCACCUCUGGCUCCACCGUUACCGACACAACAACGGUUGCCACCACCCCCACCGUUACUACUUCUUCCUUCCCUGAAUCAACCAGUCCCCUUAGUAGCUUCUAUGCACAAGGAGUUCUUCAUGCACCUAGGGACUUCCUCUUCUCAUCAGCACUCCCUAACAAGGUUGAAAACGAUAAUCAUGUCACUUUCCUCCAUCAUGUCGUUCAAAUCCAUUCCCGAGAAUCAAACACAAGGGCUGACCAAUUUGGAAUAUUGCCUCCCACAUCUCCAUCAACAUCCUUUGCGGCCUCCCCUAACCCUGUUGAGGAAAUCUCAGUUCAAGUGAGCCCCGAGAGUGCUACAAUUUGUAAAGAGAAUUUAGUUUAUAUUUCGAAUCCCAUUUACGACAACGAUGCAGGCAGCAGGCCGGAGCCGGACACUCCGUUCGAGACGCCGGAUACAUCGCCUUCACGUUUAGAAAAAAGUGGUUCAUCAGGGGAUGAUGAGAAGGGUCAGUUUAGAAUUUACUCACCCCCAAUGACACCUCCAUUGAGUCCAAUGAAGAAGCUCCCAGCACAGGCAUGUUCUGUCUCUCUUAGAGAUGUUGGGUCUUUAGCCACUUCGGCUAGCGAAUCCAAUUGUAAUAAUGGUCUUUCAUCAUCUUCAUCAGGUUCUCCCUGCACUUCACCUUCAUGGUGAUACCCAUACCAGCUAAGCAACAGUGAAACCUUUAGUAUUUUAAUCUUUAUGCCCCCUUUUUUUCGUUUUAACUGUUGGUGAAUAUAAUUUCCCAAUGUUUUUCGUUUUAACUGUUGGUGAAUAUAAUUUCCCAAUGUUUCUAACAA